ACCAAAACCAGGCUGGCCUGUGUGUUUCAAAACUGAAAGUACUGCUUUUGCAGCAGAAAAAGGGGAACCGCUUGGAAUCUGAGGGGUUGUUAAAUAAAAGGGCUCUUUCGGUGUUAGAUCUCAACUCACAGCGAGCUGUGCUGGCAGCUCAGCCAGGGAAUCAGGACGCUUGUAAGGAGACAAAGAAAAGUAGAACUAGGCCAGUUCCGGGGUGUGGAGGGCGGGCGGGCGGGCGAGACUCGGUUGCAGAGGAGCUUAGAAGGGAAUAAUCUGGGGUGAGACCCGCUGCUCAGCAAAUUCCCAUGGAAAGGCAAGAGUUCUUCAGGAGCGGGGAGCUGCCACACUAAGCAGCACAGAAGGGAGCGGGAGGGAAACAGCAGCGCCUUCUCUGGACCAGGCUGGAAAUGGCUUCUGCGGAGAGGGAGAUUGGGGACGAAGUUCCCCAAGAUGGCACCUGCGAUGCUUGCGAGCCUGACGAAGCGCAGAGCGCCGUGCAGGUCUGUGAGGACUGUGGCUUUGCCUUUUGCCAGCUCCAUUCCGAGGAGCACAGCCAAAAGUACAGGACCCACCGGAUGACCGACUUCGCUCUUCCCGGAGGCCCCGGGCAGGCAGGGAGCCAGGAGGUGCCGGUCGGAGUCCCCAAAGAAGAAGAGGAGGGGGCUCGAAAACUGGAGCGGAAGAAGUGUGACGAGCACGGGGAAGACCUCAGCUUGUACUGUAAAGAGCACGAGGCCAUCAUCUGCGUGUUGUGUGCCGUCACUGGCGCUCACCAGAAGCAUGACAUCAUCACCCUGAAUGACGCCUACGAAGCCCAGAGGAACAGAGAACGUGUCGACUUGAAGGUGGCCCUGCUAGAGAUGGUGGAAAGGUUAAAGUUCAAGUGUGCAGACCCCAAAGUUACUCAGCGUGACAUGAAGCUCUGCAUUCAGCAAGAGUUCGACAAAGUACGGCGUCUGGUUUGUGAAGAGGAGCAGAAAGCUCUCCAUCUGGUGGAUCUCCAGGAAGCAUUGGCUACUGCUCACACAACUGAAGUUCUGGCUGAAAUUGAUGUCCGCAUGGCAAAAUUGAUGACCGAGAUGUCAGAGCUCACAAGGCAGCUGAACACCUUUAAUGAACUAGCCCUGCUCAAGCCUGAGGAAUUGGUAGUUCCACACUGGAUGCUUUCCUGCUCCUCUUGGCUCAUCCCCAGUUCUAAAAUGGAAACUUUUUAUUGGCUUUGGAUUCUUGGACUGAUCAUUUCCCUCUACCUCCCCCAAGUCCUUCCCGAAGAGAUGGACGAUACAAUGAUGACGAUCCAUCACCUGCCAAUGGGCCUUGUUGAUUUGGCAAGGGACGUUUAGCUACACAGAAGACUAUGCAGAAGACUGUCUCUACGUUCAAACUCCAUAUGGUGAGGAUUUCUUCAGACCAAGGAAGAAUGACUUAAAUCCUAAGUCUGUAGCAGAAGCAGCAGCAAACACCUCUGCCUUUGUAGCACCUUUCUCCUGUCUCUGUCUGUUCCUUCUAGAGUCAUCCUUUGUGAAAACACUGCUGUCAUGCCUAAUGACUUAUCUGCUGAUCAGUCACCAUAUUUCUUAGGGCUGACAAAAAUCAGACACUUUCCUUUUGAAAAUGUGAAGUUGGUAAUUAAAAUAAAGAAGGCAUCACAACAGAAAACGAGAAAUACAACUGUAAAAGCCACAAUGGUGUCUUUUUUUUUUUUAAGUGACAAGGUUUCUGAGAGCUUCAUUUUAAUAAUUCAGUGCAGCUAAGAUGGGGUGAAAGGAGGCCAAAAUUAAUCACUCUAGUAAUAUUUAAGACUAAUUUGAUUUAGGAUUCUGUGAAAGAUGCUUCCCGAGUUCCAGUAUAGAGAACUCAAUGCAAUCCUUAUGUGUCUCAGUUUGUUGGUUAGUGUUUGUUUGUUUGUUUGUUUGUUUGAGUACGUCAUAGGUAAGGCUAAUAGUUAACAAUCAGAAUAUACACACAAGCUGCAGACCUUAAAAUCCAAAUUCUUAGUGUGGGGUCAUGUUAAGUUAAUGCUUUAAAAUUUUAAAAAGUUAUAAUUUGGAACUGCAAAUAAAUUGAACUUCCAAAUAAUUUGUUUUAAAUGAAACUUUUCUUUACUUUCUGGUUUCUGACCUUGAUAUGUUAGCAGCUAAUAACCAUUUUAGCUUUAAGUGGCCAAUUUGAACAAGUGAGAUUGUCACCUAGGAUGGAACUUGUGCCAUGAUGCUGCCAGCCUGGAAAAAGUAGAGAUCACACCUGUUCCUUGGCAGGAAAGUAAAGGCCAUAGGACAAAAUGAGAGUCUGAACAGACCAACUCCUAAUGCAGUCAGAACAAAUCCUUUGCUGCCAAUUGAAUUGGCACACUCAGCUCCGUCUGCUUUGUGUCUCUACCUGGUAGCACUUAUUCACCCAUUCAGCCCCCAUGACCUUUCACUUAGAAUAUUAGCAUAAAUAACCCCCGUAUUUUGUCACCCAUAAAGCCUGUAUUCAGAGCCUCCUCUGGCUUUGUGUCUUUUGUUUCCACUUCUAUCAUUGACCUGAACCCCCUGAGCUUAGUGUGCUUUCAGAAGCUGGCUUGCUGGUAGACACUCUACCCAAGUCUCCCCUGGAACUCCCAGCUGAGUCCUGACCUUGAACUCUUCACCUGAAUGAACACUGUCUAGCUGCACUCCACACCCAGCUUGGGUAAACACUGUGCACAGGCUCCACUUGGAAUCCUGGAACUGGGUGCUUGCUCAAACAACCCAGAUGCUGCUGGACUCUUGGAUUAAGUGCCAGCUGAGCACUUAGGAAGCUUCUCCAGCCCAGUGAAGACCUUGCUGUGGAAGCCAGAUCUCCAGCUGGAGAGCCACUUCUCUUCGUUUGAAAUGUUUUCUCUCCUCUCAGCAGAACAGGAGAGGUAUAAAUUGCUCUUUCUCUUCCCCCUCCCUCUUCUCUUUCAAACUCCCCAUUUACUUUUCUCCCUGUGACGUGGUUUUGGUAAUCCUUGCUCCCACUCCUCUCUCUGAAACAGCCUUCAGAUCCAUUCUGUUACACCCCACAGAAGUGUUUUGUGUGAUAUGUUUCUCAGGCUUUUCUGCACAAUUAGGAAAACUAGUGGUAGUCUAAAACACGAAUAGUAGCCGUGACUGGGCAUAUAUAUUCCUCCCUCCUCCAAUGAAUAGCUCCUCUUUAAGCAAAUGGUGCUGUUUGGCUAUAUAUUAGCACUUCUGUGAGUGUUCUUACUGAAUUAUUACUAUCCCUUAAUUCUGUAGUAAUCAAUACAGCUUUGCAAGUAAGUAUGCAAUGUAUCAGCCCAAAAGAAUUUUACCUACUGAUAUGUACCAAUGUAUAAAUAGAGUGACUUGAGCAGUUUUAUUUGUUUGUUUGUUUUGGCACCUGGAAGGCGUCGUUAUGUGCUCCAUGUGAGUUGGCAAGAGGCUAUCUGAAAGGAGGGGGAAUAACACUAUGUUGUAGUACAAGCAAUAAUAAAACAGCUUGGCUGUGGAAAAAACCAUGGACAUUCUUAGCACUGGCUCGUGUGGUGUCUUGUUCUCUGUCCUCUUCUCCGUACACACUGUUUCUCCUAGAAGCAGACCUCAGUACCAUAAGGAGAGGUAGGCAGUGGAAGCAGGCCACAUAGAAGAAGGCCAGCAAUUGCGAGAGAUGAUGAAAUGGGAGGAGGGAUUAUGAAAUAGCCCUGGCAGAGAAUUAAUAUUGGAGUGGAGUUAGAGAAGUGCUGAGAGGGUAAUAGUCCAGAGACGGUAUGCCAAAUGUGGAAAAGCUGGGCUAACUGGUUCAGCUCAAUAUAGAAGAAAUGCUUUGGAGACAGGAAUAUGUUUAUAAAACUGUAAUACCUAAAAGCAAUAUUAUUUUAAGUAUUCAAAAAGAAAAGGGAGGCAAGAGACUUGUUCUCUAGCCACCUGUGACAGUACAAGAACAGUGGAUUUAAACAAGAGGAAGGUAGAUUCAGGGUAAAGCUUCCUAACUAUAAGAGUAGUCCGCAGUCCAGCAAAGGAGGAAAAUAACACAAAUAAGAGAUGGAAAUAUCUAAAUGAUAAAUGUCCAGUCAAGACGAUCCAUACAACAUGUGUGGAAGGGUAGUGCUCUUCUUGGCUGCGGUCACCAAGUGAGGAGAGGGAGUGGUAUGCUUACGAGCAAGUGCCACUAUGGGGCAGCAGAGCAAGAGGAUGGAUGAAGCUAGAGAAGGCGCUUGAUGGAGAAGGCUCCCCGUAGUGCCCAGUGUGAACUGCUGACAUCACCACGCAUUGGUUGCUGCUGGUCACUCUCAUGCACUACAUGGUGUGCUACCUUCACCAUGCAAUCUGGAUUUCCUCACUUCCUCCACCACCUGCCCAUAAGCACUGUGGUGGUCACACCCCUGGGGUGGCGGGUUAUGUUUGAUACUUUUAGUCCUCUAUAGAACCAAACAGCCUCCAUAAAGGUGGGCUGACAGAAGCCUGUUGUAAACCCUAGCCAAUGUGACUUUCCAAGUAAUUCUCAAAAUGUCUUUUACCAUGGAAAUCACUAAGUAAGAUGCCAGUAAAUUGCCAAAUGAUUAUCCCUUGCCCCAAUCUCUCCACUCUUAAUAGUGUAUCUGUCCUUCUAAGUGAUAAACUCUAAACAACAGAGAGUUGUAGCAUAUGAAGUGAACAAAAUCUAUUAUAAAUUUGCCACAAGACUUGCAGCAAAAACAAAAAAGCUAGGGAUAUGCCAAAACACAAUUCAGAAACUGAAUCACAGGUUACCUCCCUUUAAAAAUGAAGACUUCCCCAGCCUUUUAAAGUGGAGGAGCAGGUCCAUAACUGCUCCUCCAAUCGCUGUCAUCGCCAUACUCCCGGCACUCCUCCCAGGAUUAACUGCACGCUGGCAGGGUGUCUCCCAGCUGCCCUUGCACCUGACACCAGCACACACGUGGUCUCUGAGCACGCACGCUAGCCAUUUGUGUGGUCAGUUUCCAAACUGCAUUUCAGUACAUCACUUUAAAAAAAAGAAAAAGGCAGCCUCACUGGAAGUGAAACCCGGUUUCAGAGGAAGUACACCAUUUCACUGACUAUGAGACCAUAUGGAGGCUAUUCUCACGAUGGGGGGAAACCAGGCUAAAGGAGCCCAGCUUGCUUAUCCCCCAUCAUGAGAACCACUGGGCUCAUGGGCAAUCCCAGUGGUUCUCUGGUGGCUAGCCUGCGAAGCCCUUCCCUCCGUGACGGAGUCGUGUGGGCGGCCAAUCUGGCUGCCCAGGGCUCAGUGGGUGAUUGCCUGCGGGGAGAGCAGGGUAAACCCGAUCUCCCCACUGAACCCUCCCAGGCUCUACACACCCGUUGUGUGUAGAGCCUCAUUGUCUGGUACUGAAAUUAGCACCUUGCAGUGAUUUAACCCCUAGAUGUUUAUUGAGUUAGCAUCCCAAAUGCUCAACCACCCUCUUCCCUUACUACUAGGAUAUAGUGAUUUUUGCUGAUAACGGUUUUCAGAAUCCACCCCAAAUCCUGUGCAACUUAUGUGUAUUUCAGUAUGAUGGUUUAGUAGCUAGUUAAGACUGUAAAGCUGACCUGAAUCAAAAUCCAUAUAUGCCUGAAUACGUUAGAUCUUUUAAAAACAAAUUCUACAAUUGCUUGUUUGUUUUGUUUUGUGUAUUUCAUAUCUCCCUGAAUGUUAUCAAUAAAAAUAACUUUUUGAGUUUUA